ACAAACGACAUUGUUUAGUUCCAUCACACGAGAAUCAAGCCCACCGACCGAUUACUAGUAUGAAAGCCAUAUCAGUACCUCACGUCUUUAUAGUUGUUUAAUCGAAUUUUCAGCAAAAUUCCUUGUUUGGGUGGGUUCAAACAAUAUGUGGAUAAUAGCAAGAGGUUUAUUUUUUAAAUGGGUUUAGAACGGGCUUGGAUAGUGAUGUCCUUAUUUUGUUUGGGUUUGCAGAUCCCCAAUUUCACGAGUACCCUGCCCCUCAUCAUGGCUACUUCUCAUGUUUUCCUUGUGCUAAUUUAAUAGGGUUUAUCCAUCCUCUUUUGUAGCUGAACGGUCCCAUAUUCAAUUUAAUUAAACUUUAUUGCUUGUUGCUCUACUUUUAACGGCUGCCAGUUGAUUCAGUUCUUUAAUUACUUCAAUGUUGGACGAGAGCAAGUUUGAUGUUCAUUUGAGGUUAUGGGCACUGAGGAUCCCUCGUGAGUUCUGCAAAGUUGCCACUCGCUUACUAAAUGGAUACUUGCUUGAUAAAGCUCGUGUUAAACCCAUUACAGAAGAUCCUACUUUUGUCAAUAAUCGUUAUAUGAUAUUAUCUGAAAGUGUUCAAAAUCCCGACUUGACGGAUAUCCCGGCUGAAAAACUUGAUGAGAUGAAGAAAUUAUGCAAGAUUGAAGUAGUUCCAUAUUCUAUGACCCUUGGAUAUUCCUACUGGGGUGCAGAUCAUAUAUUGAAACAGAUCCUGCCUCCUGGAGUGGAGAUCCCUUCAUCUUUUGAAACAAUAGGUCAUAUUGCACAUCUGAAUAUACAUGAGGAAUUGCUUCCAUACAAGGAUGUUAUUGCUAAGGUUAUUUAUGAUAAAAAUCAUCCCAGGAUCAGAACAGUUGUUAAUAAAGUUGGAACAAUUACAAAUGAGUUCAGAGUGCCAAAGUUUGAAAUUUUGGCUGGAGAAAAUAAUAUGGUCACAGAAGUGAAGCAAUAUGGGGCAGUAUUUAAGCUUGACUAUAGCUUGGUUUACUGGAAUUCAAGGUUGGAGCAUGAGCAUAUAAGGCUGGUUUCUCAAUUCCAGCCUGGGGAGAUGAUUUGUGACAUGUUUGCUGGUAUUGGUCCUUUUACAAUUCCAGCAGCACAGAAAGGAUGUGUCGUUUAUGCAAAUGAUUUGAAUCCCGAUAGUUAUCAAUAUUUGAGGAUCAAUGCAAAACUCAACAAGGUCGAUGACCACAUUUAUGCAUACAAUAUGGAUGCUAGAAAAUUUAUUUCUCAACUGAUGGCGGCACCAACUUGUCAAAAUAAUUUAGAAUCUGAUGCAUCCACUCAUAAAGCAUGUGGUGAUCGCAGCAUACAGGCCGAUGAGGGAACUCAGCUGGCAAGUGAUAAUGUUUUAAGUGACCAUGAGGGUUUACAAGAUUCAUUCAGACAGGAAGAUGCAUCUGUAGCUGCAGUCCAAAGGCCUUCAUGUCCUUUCCAGGAAGAAAGUGAAAAUAACCAUGGUGCUGCUAUUUCUUUCACUUCUAGGAGAAAAAGAAGUGCAAAUGAGAGGAUAAGAGCCUCUGAGUUGCCCAACACUAAGCCUUGGGAGCAUGUUGAUCAUGUGAUAAUGAACCUCCCUGCAUCUGCUUUACAAUUUUUAGAUGCAUUUAGGGGUGUUAUUCAGAGGAAACAUUGGAAGGGGCUUCUCCCUUGGAUUCAUUGCUAUUGCUUCAUGCGAGCAAAUGAAACCAAAGAGACUAUAAUCUUGGAGGCAGAAGCUGCAUUAAGUGCUCGAAUAAAAGACCCAAUAUUUCAUAUGGUCAGGGAUGUUGCUCCAAAUAAGGUACAGAUCUUAUUGAAAGAGAAACAACAGUAUUCUAUGCCAUGGAGGAAGAGAAACGAAUAACUGAGAUACCUCACCACAGCUUGCUCCUCCGGCACAACUUAUGCCAAAUGACCCUGACGAACUUGUGGACCCGUCGAGGAGACCUAAGCGUAGAUAUAACUCAUGCCAAGAAGCUGAUGUUGAUGCACAUACCACUAUUUCGGCAAAUGUCAUAAUUCCGACGCCCGUUUCAUUCCAUACUCAUCGACCAUUUAGUGAGAUUGGACAGGACUUAGUGGAUCACAAUAUACUACGUGAACACAUAGUAGUUAUAUGCCACCACCUCAUAUAAUCCCGAUGUAGUGGUCCUUUGAGCAGGUUGGUAUUUUAGAUCAUCUAUUUCAGAUAUAGACCUCGGUAGGCAGUAUUUUUGAUGCUUUAGCCCGACAUGUCAGCUCCGUUAAUGCAUGUUCAGCUGGAUAUUUUAUGGAUAUUCCAUCAUCUAGUUUAAGAGCACAACCAUUCUCUAGCAAUUUUAUAUAGUACACAUCGGGCCAGCAUUACUCUACUUUUACAUUUGAAGAUAUCUUUUUAUCAUUACAUUAUAUUGCAAUACAAGAUCCGAGAUCGGUGGCUCCUGAUUUUAAUAUUCUCAUGAUCUCUACAAAUAUUGAUCCUGCUGCGGCUGAGAGUGAGGGUAUAAGCGGUGACUGCCGGCCAUAUAAAACUCGACGUCCACACGAAAGAAUGGAACGUUUAUGUGGCACGAAAGAACAUUUGCAUCAUUCUUAGCAUUAUUUUUUUACUUUAUUAUUUGUAAAUAUAUUACUUUAUUUUUAUACAUUUCACCAUUUCCUAA